GGAGCUACCUGUAAACAAAUCGGAUCCCAGGCAACCUAUGUCCAGUGAACACUGUCUGCUAGUGUAGAGGGGCCAAUUUGGUGAGAAUAUCAGUCAAGGACAACCAUUUAUCCUGCUCCAUUAUAACGUGGAUUACUGCUAUUCCCUCCCACCCUUGCCCUGACCAUGCCAGAAAAUUUCCAAAGCACACCUAUUUUUGGUACAGAAAGCACUCUACAGACCUCUCUGCCUGUGCUGAACAGCUCCACACCCUCAGGAAUGGUGUGCAACUACUCCAGUGUCUCCAUCCCAGCUGUGAGUUCAGCAUGGCUCCUGCCAUCAGCAUCUGGCACUUUUCUCCAGGCACUCAUGGGCAGUGCCUACCUUAACCCACAUGCUGGCACGACCAUGCUGACAAUGCUGACUGACCAGAGCCAGGUCUGCAACUCCACACUCUCCUGUCCAGUGGUGGACCUGGAGAAAUCCCUGAGAUUGUCACCUUCAGGCCAAACACUUUGUUUGCUGCAGAGUCCAGAACUUUACAUCACUUGCACCCCUGCUUCCCAGAGGAAGACACCAUCUGUUGAUGGGGACAGGCCAUUAACAACAUCUAUCCCUAGCCCUUCAGAAUUCCUGGCCUUGCCUCCAGCUCCAAGCUUGGAACAAACAGAGAUUAAAAACCUGCAUGAGAUGGAAGUUGAGCAUUUGAUGCCUCGGGAUGCCUAUGAGGGUACUAAAGAAAACCAAGACCCAUCAUUCCUUCCUUUAUCACACCCUGACUUGCAGCAACCUCUGCACUGCACUGAAACUGGGAGUCUAGGACAGACAUCUGUUUCUGACAAUGCCAGCUUGGGAGGCAUCCACCUGGGUCUGGAAGAGAAAGGAACACUGGACAGUUUGAUGGUGUCCACUAUUGCCUUUGCAGAUAUCACUACAUUGGUGGCAGAUAUUCACCUUCCCCAACUCUUCAACUUCCUCACAGGCCUAGAUCAAUACCAAGAUACAACAGCAACUGAAUCCAAAGACUCCACAGUCAUCUGGAGGGACCAGGCCCAAGAAAACUCCAGAGUCAUCAGUGGGUCCUCUGACCAGGUGAGAAAGAAAGACCAUGAAGCCUCUGAGCUGAUUGAUGGAGCUCCUCAGGCCAAAAUCCCAAACUUGGAUCUGGUGAAGGGAGAGGGAGCUAUGGCCAGUGUGGGGGUCAGUGACAGGGAUAUUGACAACAUGACAAAGGACUUGGAGAGCAAAGCUCCCAAAGUGUCACCUAUCAGGCUCAGCAGAGCUAGAGGACAAGGGCAAGACAAGACCAAAUGGACCAGAGAAAAUAAUUCCAAGAAAACAGAGGAGCUCAAGAAGUCAAGGAACAGUGUCAAAGGUGAAGAGAAGUCCACCAUCCCCAAGACCAGGAUAAAGAGGGAUCCACGUGAGCUCAGCCACAACAGCUUUAAAAAGCCUAGAACCCACCUUGGCACGCACAUGCUAGAGUCUGUACAGGUCUUCCACCCUCUGGGGAAGAAGAGUGAGAAGAAACCUGGCACCACUUCUUCCCAGGCUCUGGGAACUUUUAGCAGCAACAAAUAUCCCAGGCCAGGCCCAACCACAACAGUACUACAGGAUAGGCCACAUGAGUGCCAGGUCCCUGACAAAACUCCAGGCAAGGCUCAGAGAGCAGAGAGCAGUGCUCUCAAGGAGUGCCCAUCUCAGUCUCAGUACGAGCUGCCCCCAGCUGGGAAGGUCAGGUUAGUACCUCUGCCUCUCCCAACACUGGACCAGACUCAAGCCAGACCUGUUUCUAGAAAGCCCCUUACUCUGGCUUCACACAGGCCCGCUACAGCUUACUCCGAGAGGUGUCAUUUUCACUCAGCUCAGCUUACCACACUCAAGCCAUCCCAACCACCUUCUAUCAGAAAAUCUUUGAUGGCUUCUGCCAAGCCAGCUCUGCCAAUUUCUUCCAGUGCCACGCGAUCUAAUGAAACCAACAUCAUCCACAUUAGCACUGUGCUUCAGUCAGGCACCUUGAGGCCUACAUCCUAUAGAGAAUCAUCUCAGACUUCCCUCCAGAGGGAGCAGCUUUCUGCUGCCAAGAACAAGGUGCCAUCACCUCUUGAACCUCAAACUCAAUAUCUGUUGCAAGACUUUAGUCGCCAACCCAUUCCAUGGAAGAAAGUCGACAUUCUGGGACCAGUCAUCUCACAGCCCAUCACAAAAGAGCAGAGGCCAGAGAGGGAGGCCAUGAAGAGGCAGGCACAUCAGGAGCGAGAAAAUGCUGCCAAGUGUAGCUCUACUGGGAAACUGCAGCUUUUCCUUCAAAGGGAAAAGGAUAUGGAAAUUUCUCGAUACUAUGGCUAUGCAAUGUAAGAGCUGCCAAGAUCUUUGUAACAAAUUGUUUUUCAGUGUGGACAAGGAUAAAUACAGACACUUAUAUAUAUGUGUGUACAUGAGUAUUAUGUGAAUGUGCAGUAGUGACAUAGGUACAUCUGUGUUAUGUAAAUGUUUGUUUAUAGAAAUGGACAGACAAAUUUUCUAUCUUGUAAAUAUUUGAGCAGUAAAAUUGACUGGAGAAAUUUAAGUCAAUUCUUUAAUUCAUGGUAUAUAGAGGAUUUAUUUUUAUUCUAUGACUUUGAUUUUUAAAAAUCUAUGUUGGUCAAGUAAUAUGUUACAUAAAUAUAUCAUAUGAUAUAAAACUCUGAUAAUAUUUAAUAUUAAAGCAAUUCAUCAAUAGCUCUAGUGGUAAUAAAAUUAUUCUUGAGUUUAUUUUCAUUGUACUAGUCACUGAACAUGUUAUGUUCCCUAAAAUUUAUAAGGUAACCUGAAGACACUUGAGCUGUUUCCAGUUCCUCUCACCCCAUCUCUUAAUCAUUAUUCUGUAACAGAACUCUUCCUGCUAUUUUGUGAGGUGAAAUACAGACUUUCAUGUAUACACAACCUAGCACUUAUACAUGAGAAAAACAUUAACAGGAUGACUAUGUUUCUGAAAUGGAUUGAAUUGGAUAAAUAUUUGUCUCAAGUUG